CUUCCGCUUCUCAGCGUCGACUCCGGCCCUGCCUCUGCUCUCGAGCGACGAGUUUGUGGCGUCGGCAGGUUCCAGGCGACUCCAGACAGGAUGAUCGAGGUUGUUUGCAACGACCGUCUGGGGAAGAAGGUCCGCGUGAAGUGCAACACCGAUGACACCAUCGGGGACCUUAAGAAGCUGAUCGCAGCCCAAACGGGUACCCGUUGGAACAAGAUCGUAUUGAAGAAGUGGUACACGAUUUUUAAGGACCACGUUUCUCUGGGAGACUACGAAAUCCACGAUGGAAUGAACCUGGAGCUUUAUUACCAAUAAAGCAAAAUUCCCUCCUCUCCCCUCUUCUGCACCCCCCACCCCCUGGUAUGGAUGUUUGUUUUUAAAAAGUCAUGUUAAUAAAAACUUAGAAGCAGUU